GCCGCCGCUUCCGGCCACCGCCGGCACCAGCAGAAGCUUCCAUACUCCUAGUUCAGUAGCUGCGAUUUGCAGCAGUGAAAGUAAACCAUGCUCUCAGAGUGUUGCCGAUUGCGCUUUCGGGUCAGUUCCAUCUCGAGUUGAAGUUGAAAGGGCAAUUCUUUAUCUCCAGAGGUUCAUGCACGGCCUUUCAGCUUCUAAAUCCUGGCUUGACGGACUUCAGGGAUUGCUGCAUCAUCACGAACCGAAAAUGCUGCAGUCCCCUGGAUUUGUUAAGUUCCGCGAUGCAUUUUCUAUGAUGCAAGAAGAACCAGCUCUUCAGAACAUGGUUGUUUCCAUUUCUUGCGAUAACGCUGUUUGGGAUGCCAUCUUGCGUAAUAAGGCAGUUCAGGAACUACGAGGCUCCAUCUCUGCAGUUAAAGAGGCGAAACAGCUAAGCUACAACGGAGAACCAGACAUAGCAAUCCUUAUACUGAGGUGGAUCAUGAGUUUCACAAAGUCAAAGGUUUUAGAACUGGUUGAGAAGUUCGGACAACUGGUGAAUGAGAUUUUCCAGCCGUCUCCAAAGGAAAAGCAAACUUCAGAGCUCACCGAUCAUCUAGAAGAGAAAGUUAGAUCGUCAUUGCUAUUGUCUAUAGUUAUCCUUCUGAUCGUCGUUGUCGCCAGAAGUCAGGCCUAAUCGACUUCACCAUUCCGCCUGUGCAUAUCUCCAUCCUUAGCUGCAGCUACAUGAGUCAACGGUAUCGAUGUCUGGAUUUUGCCAUACUCUUGUGUCCCUUUUGCUCCAGUGUUCUGUUGAAUAAGUCCCUAGAACGGAGCAGACCGCCUGAGUAAGUUUGUCGAUUUUUAGGUACACAUACCGGUUAUCUAUGUUUCUGUCAAGUACUUGACAUGAAAUGUUAUGUUCCGUUUCUGGAAAAAUUCUAAUCCAAAUUAGGUUAGGUCGAACCUAAACCAAUUAUAUGGCAAGUAUAUUGCACUUGCCGUGUGAUGCUGUAUAAUUUAGGAAAAGUGAUCAAUCACAUGACAAGUAUUCUACGAUUGUUCUGUGAUUGAUUUGGUUCGACCAAAUUUGAUUUGGGUAAAAAUUUUUCGCUUUCCUUCCAUAGUGCUACUGUGUAUAUAUAUGUAUAUUCAUUUAUAGUGUCAGUUUUAUUUGUUUUAUUCUUA